UGAAAUUUGGUAUUCUUUAAUUUGUUCUCAGUGACAGUAAGAUAUGGUACAAUUUAGUUAUUAAUUGUAUUCGUUACUUGUUGCUUGUUUGUUGCCUGAUUACGUUAAGCCCGGUAACGGAGAGACUGGGAGUUUUUAAAUUUUUUGMGAAAUGAACCAAGUCGAGAUGGCUGCUAAGAAGUCGGCCAGCUUAGGCUCUUUGUGGGAUGUUAUCCUUUUAGAAUUAAAACGUGGCUAUUCUCUAGAAAAUAAUGAAAAAGAAUUUUUAGACAGGACACAAAAAGUUUAUAAUUUUAUGAAAAUACCCUUCGAAGUAGAACGAUUCAUAUUMUAUGGUAUUUGUCAGUGUGUGGAUUCAUUCCUAUUUGUCUAUACUUUCUUACCAUUACGGGCAUUAGUCACAUUUAAAUCAUUAAUUUGUUGCUACUUUUCAAAAUUGAAGGACAACCAUAACAAAAAACUGUUAUCUCCUGCUGAAAUUUGCAACUUGAUAAAAAUGGCUAUACUAAUAACAUGUUUGAUGAUGUUAUUACCGUGGGAUACUUCUAUGAUAUAUCAUGUAAUUAAAAGUCAGUCGGUUAUUAAGUUAUACAUAUUUUUUAACAUGUUAGAGGUUGGAGACAGAUUAUUUUCAUCAUUUGGCCAAGACAUAUUAGAUGCAUUGUUUUGGACCGCUACUGAACCUAAAAAUAGUCAGCAUGUACAUUUUGGCGUUUUACCACAUUUUGUUAUUGCUGUUUUGUAUGUCUUCUUACAUAGCAUACUUGUAUUAUGUCAAGCUACCAUAUUGAAUAUUGCCAUUAAUUCUAGUCACAGGGCACUACUACCAAUUAUGAUGUCAAACAAUUUCAUAGAAUUUAAUGGAAGUGUGUUCAAAAAGUUUAAUAAAACAACUUUGUUCCAAUUAUCUUGCAGUGAUGUCCGUGAACGAUUCCACUUGUUCAUAUUAUUACUAAUAGUUGUAGUGCAAACAAUGAAAGAAUACCAAUGGACUAGUGAAUCAUUUUGGGAGUUAAUGCUUGACUGCAUGUAUAUUAUGAUAUUAGAAAUUAUAAUUGAUUGGACAAAACAUGCAUUCAUCACUAGGUUCAACGAAAUCAACUUAUCAGUAUACAAUGACUAUUUAUUGAGCCUUGCUUAUGACACUGAACAAUCAUAUGAUAAAAAGGCUUUCACUGAUCACUCGGAUUUGGUAGCAAGACGAAUGGGAUUUAUUCCAAUUCCAMUUGGAGUAGUUAUAAUUAAGGUUCUAACUAGAUGUGUGUCUAUUGAUGGGCAACUAGUUUCCAUAAUUCUACUAUUGACUACAUUUAUAUGUCUAGUCACAUUGAAAAUUCUUAAUCUUGUUUAUAUAACAGGAAGAGCUUGCAAGAUGAUAGACCUCAAUAAAACUAUGUGA